AUGUCUGACAAAGAAGUUGAAUCGGUUUCUAAACCUGAACUAAAAGUGGAACAAAUGGACGAAUCUAAGAAUGAGAUCCAGGGAUCCAAUGAACAAGAGAGUAAAUUGGACAAUACUCUAGAAAAAUUCCCCAGUAAAGAUGGAAACGAAUCUGAUACUAAGACAGCGACGUUAAAAUCGCCUGUUUCUGUUGGUGUACCCAAGAAGGAUGAGAAAGAAGAGAAGAAGGAUGAUAAUAAGAAGGUUAAUAACGAUGAUGAAGAGGAAGCACCACCCUUGCCCACUAGAAGGAAGCCUCUAGAGUUACCAGGUGAAAGCUCAAGUAAAGCUUUCCCCGAAAAGAUGGAAAAUCCAAUUUUAAAGCAGUUAAAGGAGGCUUUCCCUAAUAUAGAGGAGAACUACGUGAAAGCGGUUAUAAUUGCAUCACAAGGCGUAUUAGAACCGGCAUUCCAUGCACUUUUAUUUCUAUCAGAUCCUGAUUCCGGGAAGGAUAUUGAAUUACCAAGCCAACCUUUACAAGCACCACCUGCAGAGCCAUUGCCACAAAGGCGUCAAUCACAGUUAGAGCAAGAUGAAAUGUUAGCAAGACAAUUGGAUGAGAAGUACAAUAGAAGGAGAAGUAGAAAAACUGGCAUUAGUGGUGGGGAUGGUGAAGACUAUGACCGUAGACAGCGUUUGAGGGACCGUCAAAGACGUAUGCAAUCACCAAUUAGUGCAGAUGAGUACCGAGAAAUUUAUGGAGAUGAAGAGGAACCCGAUAUGUGGGGGCAGCUUGUCGACAAGGAUUUACCAGAAUUAAGAACUCGUGCCAACAGAUCAAUUCAAGAUACUGCCACAAAAUUAAAUGGUUGGUUUAAUGGGAUUUCCAAAAAAUUGUAUGGUGAUCAAGAAGAACCUGAAACUGGUAGGAGAUUAGGUGAUAAUUUGAGGCAAGAACCACCAAAAAAACCUGAAAGACGUAGAUUCAAUUCAUUUGGUGCCCAAAUAGGUGACGAUUCUACUUUAGAAUCUCACGGAAUCACUCUACAAAAUGAUGAAGAGGAAUUAGAUGUGCCACCUCAGUUAAAAAACAGAAAACAGCCCGGAGUUGACCUUGUAGCACAGACUACUUACAUUGAUAGUCCUGAACAUUCCCAGAGGAAAAAAUGGCAACCAGUACCACCUGCCCCAGUGCCAACUUCACCAACUAGGCAUGGUAAUAAUGCUCUUAAGUCCCCAGACGAUGACGAUUUUUUACUAAAUAGUGAAGAUGAAUUGUAA